CAGGAAUUUAUUUCAAGCCGUAAUACUCCGUAAUUAAUGCCGGCUUGAUUUCUGACGCUGCUUCACUUCGAUCAGAAAGAUAAUUCGGGUUAACGUGUGUGCGCUCAUACGGAGUAUACGCUGUAUGGCAACAUAGAUGUCGCAUAUAAGCACCGGUUUUCGUCUUGGUUUACACAUCCCCCAUUAGGACGUGACCCUGCCAAUAAUAACAUAGACAAAGGCCGUUCCUCCCGCAUAUGUCAUAUGUCACGAAAGUUCAAAAGAAAGCGGGAUUGAAACACAGAAAGCCGUGUUUAAUUCUCACAUUCUCUUCCUUGAUUUCCUUGCAUCACAUCGGGAUUUAUUUGCAAUCAAAUGCAGCUUGGGCUGCAUAGCAUUGGCCGGUACGCGGGGCCACCGUCAAUCCAAUAUCCAAUACCGUACUAUAUGUUGGGGGUCCGGGUUGUACUUACUCCAGCUUCAUGUAUCGCCUCCUUCCCCCAAGAUCGGCUAUAUUGGUUGCUUUCUUAGAACACAAUGAAUGGAAUACCUUCAUUUUAUAUACAUAAAAUGCUUGCAGGGUGGAAUGAGAUGCUUGGGGUUGCAGAUUCAUAAUGAAAAACUCGCUUAUAUGUGCGCAAUUUCCCCCAUAUUAUUAGAAGAUGCCUUGGUGCGCAAGGAUGAGCGGAUUUCCUGGGCCAAGCAUCUCUUCUAACGCAUACUCAACCUUCUAGUUAGAUACAAAGAGUUGGACCCUUUACUGCGUUGCUUUACGGCUCCAAGUUACAGAGAACAUAAACCGCCGUCUGUGCUAGUCUCCGAUCCAUUUACUCCGUGAAGGAAUCUUUACCCAGCUUGUGUCUAAGUUCCUAUACCAUUCUUUGGGAGGUAAUCUCCGUUAAGUAGUCGACUGCUUUAACAUCCGGGCCUCUCAUAGACCAGUUGGCGAACCGAAUUGAGGUUUUCACGCAACAUCUGGACCCUGUCGGCUGUUUGCGCUUAGUGCAUCGGGAACGUUCAUUCCUUUCAAACGUUCGUCUAUAUCUUCAGCAUCAAACGCGCCAUCAUGGUGGCUGGGUAUCAAUGCCUUUACACAAUCAGUACAUCGCGGGCAUCCGUUUCAUGGGGACUUAUUACGGUCAUUGGCUUAGGCUCCCUGUUGGAUGGUCUUCUCUAUUGACAAUAUCUCUCCGGAUAAGGAAGACGGUUCUACUGGGCAAUCUUUCUGCUCAUCGGAAACAAAGGGAUCUAGAGAAUAAAGGUACGAUAGGUGUAUUAGCGACGCCAUAUCAAAUAAUUUGGUUCCUAGUAGUAGACAUAACUGGCUACUCAGAACUACAUUUAGGGAUUGGUUUCAAAGCCGGAGAUUGGAAGAUUCUUCCUUCGAGAAUCAUGCUGCCGGAACUGUAUCCUCGUUCGCCUGGGAUCCAACCACGGCCAACCACCUUGGAGAACGGGUUAACACCUUCCCAUGUUUCCUCGAAAUAACUUCCUUUUUAUCCCAUCAAUUCACUCCGCUCCCAAAUCAGAAACUUCGAUCAUGCAUAAACUCUCCGAUUUUUAAAGGGAAGACUUCUCGCUGCUUGCUCGGAAAAACAUCUGGGCCAGCAACCACCCCUGGCGCCCUUACGGGGAAUUACUGAAUGUCAAUCCUUUGGGAAGACAAUUCCAAGUAUCCUUCCUAUAGCCGUGGCGCUAGUAUAUCCUUCAUCUUAGCCAUGGCAACAGCUGCGUGCCGCCGCAUUAUUUCUCACAAAGGAGAAUAAUUCCCUCCGGCCGUGUCAAAGUGGUAUGGUAAUCUGCGGCCCGAGCAUAUCGAAUGUGCCUGUAUGAACUUCCGCAUUCCUCGACCCCUACCCGAGGAACCUGAUAGUUCGCACAUUCCUCCCACGCGCAUCUUUUACACAUGAGCUAAUCCCUAUCAAGGAUAUCCGGAGGACAUCCGCUGGUAAUGGUGAGAAAGAAAGUUUAUCUCACACAGGGAGGUUGUCAUUUGCCCCAGCACUGCACCUCCAUAGAUUUUGGGCUCUCAGAUCAUCACCCAGGCAUGCAUAAUAUAUUAUAAUAUUGAAUCGGCAAUCGAUCAACGCCCACUAGCCGGAUUGAAGUUGUGGCCAGUAAUCCCGACAGAUUGUCGUCAUUCACGUGCGGCCGUUGCUGCUGCCAACGACACUUUGCGGGUGUUGAAGGGUCGAUCGGAUGUUGGUAUGUAUUUGGAACAAUCAGUUCUUUUAGCGGCCGGAUUUCUCGUUGGCUUUCUAUAUCGUCUAGUUUUGGUAGGAUAAUUUAUAUAGUCACCCAUGACCGCGUGCGAUGCAUGAGAGCGUUUUGACUAAAAAUGUGUGCCAAAUACAAAAUUACAGGGUGCUCAUUCACUUCCUUAAAUGGGUGGAUGAGCCCCUAGACAGACGCUGUCCAUGAACUGUAAUAUUAAAUCAAUCUCUCAUGCAAUAGAUAGAAAUUUUCCUUUCC